CUUCGCGAGGUCACAUGGGCUAACUUCACCGAGGGCUAUUUGAUCAUCCCAUCCGCGUUUGGAGUGGAGCGACUCUUACAAGCUGCGCCACGGAGCAGACAACCAGCUUCCAUUAGUCAGUCAAUCCCUGGACAAUCGGUCCGGUUGACGAAAACCACAACACACGACUGUUAUUUGCUCUUUCUCUACUCCCUAGAUUGCCGUUUCUCGUACGAUUUUUUCCCGCAUGUUCGGGCUUUAGCUCGAGCUUAUCCCCAGUUCCGGGUGUAUGCGGUACGGAUCGAAGACUAUAUGACACAUCGGUGGAGUUUGCGCACACUGUACGUGCCUAAAUUGAAACUGAUGGUCGAUGGUCGUGUGCUACGUGAAUAUGCCGAUUCGGAAUUCGAUUUCGAUGCAUUGAUCGAUUUUGUGUGGACCAACACACGUAAGGGAUCUGUGACGUGUUUCCGGUAUUGA